AUGCCGCUGUGCAAUACGUCCACGAGGUUCACAGGUAACCUAGCACCUUCACAACCGGACGGCUCCCCGGCCGAUACUCGUUUGCAGCUCCUCGCUGGGUAUGCAUGCCAUCGGUGCCCUUACCGCACGGUUAGCCGGGACCUCAUCCGCCGCCACUUGUCCCAGGAGCAUCUCCAGCAGCAGCGCGCCUCCUCCCGUCAGGCCAAUGGCCUCUAUGACGAUGUCUACCUACAGACCUGGUCGCAGAGCUCGUCCCGACAGUAUUGGACGGUGAUUCACCAGGCGGGAGCGGGCGCGGCUCCAGGCCGAGGAGGCCACAGCCGAUUCUACCACGACGCGCCUUCAGAGCGUGGAGGCCACCCGGCCGUGGAUGGAACGCACCCGCUGGCCCCAGAUACCUUCAUCUCAAACGAACAUGAAUUCAUCAAAUGA